AUGGAUGCCAAACAGACCUGUGUCUUUUUUAGAAACAAAACUACUAAUGCUUUUGUAUCUGCAGAACUUCAACAGCUACCAAAGGUGGGCAGUAGUAAGAAUGAGAGACCUUGGGAGUGGAUGAUGCAGACGGUCAAUGAAAAUCUCCAGGCACUUUUGAUUCUCAGACCAGCUGAACUUGGAAUUGUCUCAAUCAUGACCCUCACUGUUCUUGCCUAUGAGCGCUACAUUCGGGUCGUCCAUGCAAAAGUGAUUAAUUUCUCCUGGUCCUGGCGGGCCAUCACUUACAUCUGGCUCUACUCACUAGCCUGGACUGGAGCACCUCUUCUAGGCUGGAACAGAUAUACACUGGAAAUACAUGGACUAGGUUGCUCAGUGGACUGGAAGUCAAAAGAUCCCAAUGAUACUUCCUUUGUGCUCUUUUUUUUUCUUGGUUGCUUUGUGGUACCUGUUGGAAUCAUGGCAUACUGCUAUGGUCACAUUCUAUAUUCAAUACGAAUGCUUCGCUGUAUUGAAGAUUUUCAGACUGUUCAAGUGAUCAAACUCCUAAAAUAUGAAAAAAAGGUGGCUAAAAUGUGUUUUUUAAUGAUCUCCACAUUCCUUAUCUGUUGGAUGCCUUAUGCAGUCGUCUCUCUUCUAGUAGCCUAUGGCUAUAGCAACCUUGUAACGCCAACAGUGGCUGUCAUCCCAUCCUUUUUUGCCAAAUCAAGCACUGCUUACAAUCCAGUCAUCUACAUCUUCAUGAGCAGAAAGUUUCGACGAUGCCUUUUACAGCUCUUGUGCUUUCGCCUGCUAAGAUUCCAGAGGACAAUGAAAGAAAAACCAGUAACAGGGAAUGACAAGCCAAUAAGACCAAUUGUGAUGUCCCAGAAAGUUGGGGACAGGCCAAAGAAGAAAGUGACUUUUAGCUCUUCUUCUAUUAUUUUUAUUAUCACCAGUGAUGACGCCCAGCAAACAGAUGAAAGUAGCAAGCACAAUAGCACAAAAGUUAAUGUGAUUCAAGUAAAACCACUAUGAGGGGCUGAGUCAGACAGGUCUCAGAACUCGAAUGGAUGCUAGCCAAUGAGUCUGUUUUGGUCUGACGACUCGCCAGUGGUAGAAUGUGUGUGAAGAAGGUGCUAUGCUUAAUGCUGUGAAACAGAGAAGAAAUUUAGUGGAUGAAAUCUGUAAAUUGGUUAAAUGUGGUGACAGUAUUCAAAUCUCUACAUUUUUUUAUCUGAUUUAUCAGUGGUGAUUUUUAUUCUUUUUUAAGCAUAUCAUAUAAUUAGCCAACAUUCUUAGUCACACCAAAUUAUUGAGGAAAUAAAGGGAUUAUCAGAAGCUAGCUUUGAGUCACCCACCAAAAUGCUGACUUACAAAGCUUUCAUCAAACCUAUUACAAAACUACUAAAAUACUGCCCCCUUUGCAGUACAAGGGGUCUCUUGCUAAUGCUCAUAAGGUACCUAGAGCCACUUUGAGAGAUGCUCCAAAGAAAAUAAAUUCACUGUGAGCACUGAUGAAAAGAUGACAAACUAAAGCAUCAUAAUGUUUAUACAUACAACAAACCAUUUAGUUAAAAUGAUUAAAUACCACAUAAUUAAAAAUAAAAGAAAAACUCUCUUACAUAUGUAACACGCAUACUUUCUUUAGAUGAAACAGGAGCCUUGACCACUAAUAGACCACAAGACCUGCUGUAUCACUUCUUUAAGAUUAACCAGUGUCAAUCCAGAUACUUGUGAUUUGAGUGAUAAUUUUCAUACCUAAAACUCACUUGGCAGAACUACCUUCCCCCAAAAAAGACCCCCCCCA